UAUCAUUUCUAAUUCUUGCUUCUGCGGUUCCUUCCUUCCUCCCUCUGAAAAUCUGAGCAGUUACUCGCAAUAAUCUGCCAUCACCGGAGAGAGAAACGCAGAAGUGUGUGGCGAUGGGUGAUAUUGCUACGCCCGACGACGAUUUACUUCUCAAGAACUUCUUCGCUGAAGUCAGCGAAGUUGAGCGCGAGAACGAAGUCCGCAGGAUUCUUUCAUGCUUCAAGUUAAAUGCAUUUGAGUAUCUUAAUUUACCCUUCGAUUCGUCCUUGGAGGAUGUGAAAAAGCAGUAUCGUAAGUUAUCUUUGUUGGUUCAUCCCGACAAAUGCAAGCAUCCACAAGCUAAGGAGGCAUUUGGUGCACUAGCAAAAGCCCAGCAACUAUUGCUGGAUCCUGAAGAGCGGGGAUAUAUUCUUAACCAAGUUAGUAAUGCAAAAGAAGAACUUAGAGCAAAAAGGAAGAAACAGCUUAAGAAAGACGCAGCUUCUAAGAUAAAGUCAUUGGUCGAUGAGGGGAAGUAUGAACAAGAGUUUGAGCGGUCGGAUGAAUUUCAGCAACAACUAAAACUGAAGGUUCGAGAGAUCUUGACAGAUCAAGAAUGGCGGCGGAGAAAAAUGCAGAAGAGGAUAUCAGAAGAGGAAGGUAGACUGAAGAAGGAUGAGGAAGAGGAAAAAGAAAAGUGGAAAAGAAAGCGUGAGCAUGAGGAGCAGUGGGAAGGGACAAGAGAACAAAGGGUUUCCAGCUGGAGAGAUUUUAUGAAGGGCGGAAAGAAGGUAAAGAAAGGAGAGAUCCGACCGCCAAAGCUCAAGACUGAAGAUGCUUCCAAAUCUUAUGUCCAAAGGCCUGUGAAGCGCGGUUAAGUCAAUCAAGUAUAACAGGGAUGAUUUGCCAAUUGACAAACUGCUGAAUUAGUAUAUGAGUUGAAGAGGGUUGAAAUUCAGCUGCAAUGUCAUGCCUCUUAACCUUCUUGUGAUAACCCUUGUAAUAGAACAAGUCUUGUAAUGGAAUUAAGAUCUUGUUCAUUUAUGAAUUCCAAGGUACUCAAUUAAGUAGAGUGAUUCAUCAUUUGAAGGAA